AUGAUUUUGACAAAUGAUGGACCUCAACUUCCGGUUCCCGAAGAAAUCAUUGCUGCUUCCGAUGGUGAAGCCAAAGAGUACCUUACAAGAAAUUUUUAUUUUGGGUCCAAACAAAUCGAAUUCGUUUCUGGUUCAGCGGCAAUUAUUGGACGCAUCGUCGCAGGAAUCUUCGGUAGUACACUGAUGAAAGCUCAAAGGACAACUGGAAGCAAAUCCUUGGAACUCAUACAUGUUCCCCUCUGUAACAUCCACUCCGAAAAUGGAAUCGGGUUGCACCCGGAUUUGUUUCUCGAACCCGGGUUCCGACAGGUUCCUGAUCAGCAAAGAAACGUGGCAAUCCAUGGCAUUCAAGGCAAUCACUUGCCCAUCCCUGCCUUCAGGAAAUGA